GACUGCCUUACCAGCCCCCAUGGCGGGUUCUACAUGACACGUGACGUGUUUGGAAGCUCCGGGGACUUUGUGACAUCGCCGGAGAUAUCCCAAUUGUUUGGGGAGAUGGUUGGGGUGUGGUGCGUCCACACCUGGCUAUCGCUGGGCCGCCCUCCCAGGCUGCUGCUGGUGGAGCUCGGUCCGGGAAGGGGAACCCUCAUGGCGGAUUUGCUUAGGGGCACGGCGGCCUUCCGGGAGUUCUCCGCAUCCCUGGAGCUUCAUCUGGUUGAAAUCAGCCCCGCACUGAGGGCCGUACAGUGGGCCGCACUAAGGUGUACGAACAACAGCAGUAGCAGCGGUGGCAGUGACAGCAGUGGCCGAGGCAUACACACAUUCGACCGGACGCAGGUCUCCUGGCACACCUCGCUAGAUGCCGUACCCGACGGCCCCGCGCCAGCGCUGUACAUCGCGCAUGAGUUCUUCGACGCGUUGCCCGUACAUCAGUUCGUACGAGACCCCAAGCGGGGCUGGCUGGAGAAGAUGGUAGACGUACGGACUGGUUUGCGGAUGGUUUUGUCCCCCGGACCCACCCCGGCAUCCGCCUUGCUGGUGCCCCGGCGACUUGGCGGCUUGGCCCCGGGCUCUGCGGGGGAGUUGGGGGCGCUGGAGGUCUCGGCAGUAGGUAUGGCCGUUGCAGAGAAGCUAGCCCAGCGGAUUGUACGACACGGGGGGGCUGCGCUCGUGGUGGAUUACGGCAGGGAGGAACCGCCGUACGGUGACUCGCUGAUGGCCAUCCGCGGCCACCGAGGCGUGGGGAUCCUGGACGCCCCUGGCUCCGCGGAUCUGAGCGCCUGGGUGGACUUCGGCGCGCUGAAGCUGGCGCCGCCAUCACCGGCGGCUGUGGCGCCGCCAGCGGCCUCCGUCACCACAUCCGGGCCCGUGUCCCAGUCGUCCUUUCUGCGCGCCCUGGGCAUUGAGAUGCGGUUGCAGUGGCUGAUGCGAGGGGCGACGGACCCGGGGGCGGCGGAGUCGCUGGCGGCGGGUUGCGCGCGGCUGCUGGGUAGCACCGAGUCGGGCGGCAUGGGGGAGUCGUACAAAGUCAUGGCCAUACACCGUGGAGAUCUGAGGGACCUGGCGGGCUUUUGA